UACAGGCUGGUGAAUUGUGUCCACACACCCCUAACUAAACAACUCAUGAGGUCAUGAUGUCUGAUAUUCUUAUUUCCCUUUGUAAUGUUUACACUAAAAUAAAGCCAAAUGCAUUUUUUUCCAUGAAAUUAUUAGUACUCUGAGGACUGGGACAUAUGUUGACAGAUUUCUCUGAGGCCACGCCCAUUGUCUUGACUCUAGUGUAGGGCGCACAGUGCCCAUGCAGGACCGCAUUGGCUGUUGUGUUUUUUCACAAGGGUCCCAAACUACACCGAGAGUUGGAAUAUUACGUUACAGUCCUGCAGGAAAAUGGCGACUGUCAUUCAUAAUCCUUUAAAAUCGCUUGGUGACCAGUUCUAUAGGGAGGCUAUCGAACACUGCCGCAGCUACAAUGCCCGUCUCUGUGCCGAACGCAGCGUGCGCAUGCCCUUCCUGGACUCGCAAACUGGUGUAGCACAGAACAACUGCUACAUCUGGAUGGAGAAGUGCCACCGCCAGCCAGGUGGGAAACACCACCUGAUCCGACAUUGGCUCAGACACACACACACACACGCACACACAUACACACACACACACACACACACACACACACACACACAAACAAACACCUGCCUCAUCAAAUGCUUUUUCUUACUCUCUUCUGCCACUACCUCGUCAGAAGCCGAACUAGCCCCUAAGCGCGAGGGGCCCCCAGGGGAGGCCACAGCUUUGGAGGCCCUCCUGAGGGGGGACAGUCUGCUGGAGAAAAAAAACAACAUUUGUAAGGAGGAGGACACGUUGCUGGAAAUACAGAGAGUUCUGGAGGCGGAGGAAAAUGGGGACGGUCUCCAUGAUGAUGAAGACUUUGACAUGGAUACUCCAAAGAGAAAGAACAGAAACAGAAGCAAAAACAGAGGAUCCAGUCGCAGGAGGACAGAGCCCGUUAACAUCGACGACCAGGACAAACCUUACGUCUGUGACAAUAGAUACAAACAAAAGCAUAACUCAAAAAAGGCUGAAGAAGUCUGUGGAAAGCGCUACAAGAACCGGCCUGGCCUGAGCUAUCACUACACCCACACUCACCUGGCAGAGGAGGAGGGCGAGGAGGAGAAGGAAAUGGAGAUGGCCCCAUCUCCUCCAUACAACGCAGACAACCACAAACCUCAAAAGGCCCCAGAUGGCAGCAUCAUCCCCAACGACUACUGUGACUUCUGCCUGGGAGACCAGGACUCCAACAGGAAGACAGGCCAGGCCGAGGAGCUGGUGUCCUGCUCUGACUGUGGACGCUCCGGUCACCCCACAUGCCUGCAGUUCACAGAUAACAUGAUGCAGGCAGUGAGGACGUACCAGUGGCAGUGCAUAGAGUGCAAGUCUUGCAGCCUCUGUGGCACCUCAGAGAACGACGACCAGCUGCUGUUCUGUGAUGACUGUGACAGAGGAUACCACAUGUACUGCCUGAAGCCUCCAAUGACCAAGCCUCCCGAAGGGAGCUGGAGCUGUCACGUGUGUCUCGACCUGUUAAAAGACAAGGCCUCAGCCUAUGGAGAAGCAUAACUUCCUUGGACAUUCUUCUCAACACACACACACAAUAUAUAUAUUUGUACUGUUUGUCAUGCCCACACAUUAGCAAAAACUCUCUUUGAGAAUAUAGAAUCAAACACACACAGGUGCACUCUUUCUCACGCACACACAGACACACAUACACACUCUCCAGUGCAUUAGCAGGCUCAAAGUUUCCUGUGUGAGGCGCAAAGACCUUUGACCUCUCAUGUAGCCGAGCAACGCUCCAAACGGCAUGGACAUGCAAUCUCGACCACAAGUCAGCUACCAGCUGGUCUGCCGUUCAGUAAUUUCUCUACCUCACCACUCAGCAGACGGCCAGAAGCCAAAGCAAGAUUGAUAACGGCAAAUAGUAUGUGUAUGUGAAAUACUCAUUGUAAACAAACCGUAGAUGUUUCCCCCUGAAUUCUUGUGAGUAUGAUUUGGAAGACGUUCGUCUCAGACUCUCUGCUGAAGCUCUUUCACUUGCUUCCCUGCGGAUUUGACUGAUGUUUGUUUAAAUGUGUCCUCCCAGGUCCACUCAUCUUCUGUGUUUAGACUUUACAGUGACAUUCCUUUUUUGUAUCUGGACAGACUCAGUGAUAGUUAUGCCAUCUUUCACAUGUUUCUGUCAAACUUGGUGAAAUUUAUAUCUGCGCUAAGAUUCAACGGGGCCACAACAAAACCGCCUCAACCGUCAUUCCUGUUGGGGUGUGGUGACAUUUCUAAUCCACGUCUCGUUUUUGUAUCCUUGCAGUUACUAGGGUACCAUGGUGCUCAAUUCAACACUUUUUUCAAAAAUUGUAACAUUUCUUUACAUAGAAUGUUAUCAUUUAUUUAUUAUGGAUUAAUGGUCCAAUGUUACUGAUAAGAAGAUCAUUGUUACUGUAAAUCAGUGGUUCCCAAACUUUC